AUUGCCUCGCUCUCAGUCGUUCGCCAUUGCAUCGUACGAACAUAUCUCCAGUAUGAAUUUACAAACACAUUUAAAGAAAACGAUAGAAUAAAGAUUGGUCAGUCUUGUGAAGAUAAGACGUUAUGUAAAUUCAAAGAUUAAUACUAAACAUUCGGAGCUGGUUAUUGCGACAUUGAAUUCUGCAUAAAGAAAAGCUUCGUCAGAAGUGUUUCAAAAAAUCAUCAGAAAUAAAUGUAGAUAACAAGUAAAUUAAUAAAAAAAUAUAAAUAAAAAUUAAUAUAUAACUCGAAAUUAAAGUGCACUCUAACAAUCGAUAAAAGAAUGCAAGAUAUUCCGAGAAUGCGAAAGAUAAAUAAUACUUAUACAUUCACGAAAUAAUAUUUAUUUUUGCUGUACUAAUUGUCGGUAAUAAAGAUUAUAAUAAAGUAAAAUAAUAAUGAUUGUAGACGAUUAUGUGUGAAAAUCGCAGUGAUUCCCAUCAGAAUUUGAGAAGUUUGCUAAAAAAGCAGUGAUUAUACUCGUUUACAACCGCUGCCACGUAAUAAUUAUAGCAAUUCGUAAAAAUUAACCAGAUAUAUUAAUAGAACAUAUAUUUUAUUAAUUUUGUAGUGUAAAAAUUUUAUAAUAAUCUAAAAAAAAAUGACUAAAGUUUAUAUCUUGACGGUGUUGCUGUUACACCGAUUUGAUUUCACGACACAAGACAUAACAGUUUCUCAACAACCUAAUUGUUCGGAAUAUCUCACGAAUAUGACCAAAUCUGGGACAACUAACUUGUUAGGACUGAUCGAAAUCCCAUCUACUUCAGUAUAUGAUGAAUACUACUUAAAAAUUGCCUUGAAUACUCAUAAUGAAAUAACAAAACAUAAUUCGCUCGGAAUACGAGAUUUUCGAUUGGAAUUGGCACAAACGUUAUAUGACACCAUUCGAGAUGUUCGUCAGGGUAAACCUUUGUUAUAUCAUAUUUAUUAUCCUUCGGACAAACCGAUUCCAACAGUGACUGCGAUAUGGUUUAAUAAUCAACAAAUCUGUCCGGAUCUCGGUCCAAAUGGAAAUAUCAACGCUACUAUCGAGUUAGGGCAUAUUGUGUAUCCGCCAAGCGACAAUUCCUGGUUAUGGUAUCGAAAUUCGAGCAACUAUCGUAUAGACAAUCCCAAUCAAGACCGUCUAACUUACUUGAGCCCUAUCUCUAUUAGACCCAUUAUCGCUCCUUCUGUUGAAUUUGCGAAUAACGAAUGCGGUAUUACCAACUAUUACACCGACAAUGCAAAUCGCUUGUAUCCCAACAGUCAGGAGGUAUUACCUGGUCAAUGGCCGUGGGUGGUAGCAAUAUUUAAGAAAAAGACAGAAUAUUUUGAAAACGACAUAAAUUUUAGAUGUGCUGGUUCACUUCUAACCACCACACAUGUUAUAACAGCGGCGUUUUGCUUCAGAAACAUUAUUCUUAAGAGACCUGAUAAUCCUAAUAAUUUUAUUGUGGCUUUGGGAGUACAUCACUUGUAUAAGUGGAAUGAAACAAAUCGCAUAAGUAGGGAAGUCACAAAGUUCACGAUUCAUCCCGACCAUGGAUUUAAAAAUAAAUACGCCCCUGAUUCCAAUUUGGCGAUUGUGAGUCUAAACAAGCCAGUUGAGUACAGUCCCUUUAUUAAGCCUAUUUGUCUCCGGUCCGCGUCGACCGAACUUCAAAACGUCUUUAAUAAUAGUGGAUAUAAUGUGGGAUGGGACAAAACAUGUUGUGACUUUGGUUUUCGGGGCUUCAAUUAUCCACGGAUGGCAAGGGUGUCGAUAAUGAGUCAGGCGACUUGUUUCCAAGGAUUGUCUAACGCAAUUAAAUCCUAUUAUGAAAUCACAUCAUUACCAAAUCGCACUUUUUGUGCUGACGAACACGAGGACGGCUUCUGCAACAAUCCUGGUGGUAGCGGGAACGGACUAUUCAUUUUUGAUGAUACAACGGGCCGUUAUUAUUUACAUGGAAUCAGGUCGCGAAGUACCUGCAAUUCCACAAAUUAUGUCCUUUAUGAUGACGUAGUUGAAUACAUACCUUGGAUUCAGCAACAAAUUUCUAUCACAUAAUGCCAGUUUCUUCCCGCAAAUUGUAAAUGUGCUUGCAGUUAAUCUUUUAUGUGUAAGAUUAUAUUUUAUGUGUAAGAUUAUAUGAAGCUGCAACACUUAUACGCAAGAAGAUUAAAUACAAUUUUACUUUUAAUUUUUAUUUUUAAUUGUUUAUACUGAUUCUUUUUGUUGUAUUAAAUUUGUCUUAAUAUGAAAACAGAAUAAAUAAAUAAAUACAAUUAUACAAAUGUCAUUAUUUGUAUAGUCAACUUAUUUCUUAGCCGUAACA